AUGGGUGUACCUUCAAAAUCUGUCAAUGACAAUUCUGUGGUUGAGCGUCAUGACUCGACCGAAACAGAAACUCCCCCUGCUGGUGGCUUUGUCCCUGAGCAGACCGAUGUGGAGAAUCAUGUCGGCGAUACCGCGUCGAAGAUCUUGGAUAUCAUCUUCGACUAUGCAUUGAACAAGUUUAAUGACAGCAAGGAGAGGCUUGAGUCUGGAAGGCCCAAGUUCUUGGCUGUUGUGAGCAAGUUCGUUGCUGCUGGUACCCGGGUUGACAUGUGUCUUCCUGCUUUCCCUUUCAAGUCGGCAAACAAGGCUUACAAAGUGUUUGGCAUUCUGCCUGAUAAGGCUGAAGAGCUUUCUCUUGGACGUCUCAACGCCAUGUGUGUCCGUAUUGGCGAGAUAUAUCCGCCAGGAGCGCAAUGCAUUAUUAUCUCCGACGGCAUCGUCUACAACGACCUGUUGAGUAUCUCAGACCGCGACACCUGGGCGUAUGGGCAAGCUCUCCGGAAGAUGGCUUCGUCCAAGGACUUUAAGCACAUCGGAUUCUCGAGAAUCAAGGACUUGAUCGACUUUCCAAUGCCACCGGAUCUGAGAGAAAUUGCGUAUGUCGCAAAUUGUACCAACUUCCGUCGAGCCUUUCUCAACCGCUUCGGUAAAGACGACAUUGACAUUGACAAGGAGAUCAAGGACAACCCUGAUACCAUGAUGACAUACCUUGGGUAUCGUCGGUUUUUAGAGUCCGAUCUUAAGCACAUAUUUCCUGUUGGCAAUGGCCGAACAGCCAAUGACUACAGGAGAGAUGUCCGAUAUCUUGCCAAGCAGAUGCUCAUUCGGGGAUAUGCCUUUGCUGGCGCUGUCAAGAAUGGGUUUCCCAACCACCUGCGACUGUCUAUCCACCAUUCCACCGGUGAACACAAGAUUUCCAUGAGUCUUCUGGACACCAAGACAGGUUUUACCACCCCUUGGCACUGCUGUGUUGCUCGCAUGGCAAACGGUGAAUGGACCAGUGCUCCAAUGGGAGAGUACCUGAAAGACUCCAACAUGAAGGUUGUUCAUGAAAAUGGCCGUCCUAGCCAUUUCCAAGAGACGAUCGACGGGGCCAGUGUCGAAGAGGUCUCAGCUGCCCAGCCUGUUCACAUGCCUCGAAUAAAGUCUCGCGAUACUUCGCCAGACACCAAGUCUACAAUCCUGUCACCCUUCACUGGUGAGGAAGAAGAGCGCCUGAAGGUCCUCGCUAAGUCUAUCUCUUCCCAGCUGAAGCAACAGGACGACAAGCCCAUCAACCCAUUUUCUGGCUCUGAGAACCCAGCUCUUGACCCACAUUCAAGCGAGUUUAGCAUUGCAGCCUGGCUGCAAGCUAUCAUGAGUAUUACAUCUCGUGAUCCUGAGAAGUACCCACGAGGUGUUGCUGGCGUGGCUUACAAGGACCUUUCUGCACAUGGAGUUGGUGAGGCUACAGAUUACCAAAAGACAUUUGGCAACUAUCCCCCUGAGCUGGUCAAGUUCGCAAAACAGCUGUUGAGUCAGGGUGAAUCUGCCAAGAUUCAAAUCCUGAGGUACUUUGACGGUUUGAGCAGGAGCGAAGAUUUGCUUCUGGUGAUUGGAUGA